GCACAAAACAGUCGUCCACCCUCUUCUGUAGCCAUUUCACCAGCAUCACGCUCUGAUACCCCGACAGCGAUUCGAGUUCGAACGAAGAUGGGCCAAGUGACGGCACCUGGUCCAUCACCGGCAUCAUACGACAGGGCACGUCAGUAUGUGCCUCGCCCACUACCGCCCGGCUACAGGCUCGGAGAUCCCCUACCCGAUCCUCGAGCUUUAUCACCAGCACCUGGCCAUACAAAACGGAUGAUACGUAGUGUGGUGGAAUCCACCCAUCGUCAUGAUCCCCAAAAUUUUCAAACGAUGCGAGAUCGUAGACUAAGCCCUAGCUCCCAAUAUCUAUAA